GGAUGCCUCCUAGUACAGCCAUGGCGAGUGACUCCGGCAUGGGCUCCCCCGUUGUGGGCGCCAGUGUGCGGGUACCAGGACCUCCACAGCAAAGUCAAGCACCGGACCAGCUACGAGUCAUGGUGGCGGGCGAGAGUGGGCUAGGCAAGGCAAUGAGAACGACUUUCCUGAACAACAUUUUUCGGCAUCUCAAUCGAGGCGAAAAUCCGAUGGACCAAGCUGCCACCGUGGUACAGGCCGCAGGCAGAGGCGUUUUCGGCAACGGCAAGACGCUCAGUAUCGAAGAACGCGAGUUUGACUAUAAGACGGAACGAGGACAGGACUACAAGUUCUUCUUGGUGGACACCCCUGGGUACGGCGACCAUGUGAAUGUCAGCCUAAGCUUCCAACCGGUGGUAGACUACAUCAUGAGCGGGAACAAGAGGUACCUGGCGGAAGUGAGGAGGGGCAACGAGACGCCGGAGAAGGACGGCAGGACGGACGUCUGCAUAUACUUCAUUGCUGCUCAUCGGUGCAAGCCCAUCGACAUCGAGUACAUGAAGCAGCUCUCCAAGGCUGUAGCCGUAAUCCCCGUGAUCGGUAAAUCCGACAGCAUGACGGUGGACGAGAUGAAAGACUUCAAGGCGGCCAUCGUUGACCUUGCUGCUCAGGACAAUGAGCUCAAGUUUUUUCAGUUCUCAGAGAUGUCGUGGAAUGAAUGCCUUACAGCCCUCGGAUUCACUGUCACACCCAGCUGGCUGGGCGAAAGGCAGCCGCCCCCUUACGCCGUAAUCUCGAGCAAGGUGGACGAGCCCCACGGGGGCCUUUUCCGUAACCCCGCACGUAGGUACCCGUGGGGCACCUGCCGCGUCAUGGAAACGACGCACAGCGAAAACACCUACCUCCAAUGUCUUUUGCUGGAGGUGGGCUUCCAGGACAUAAAGGACGAGAUGACGGCGCGCUACAGAGCUUUCGUUAAAGAGCAGACAAGGCCUAUGACGGAGGUUACUGUCGGCGUUAUCAAAUGCCUUCCUCGCCGGGCUUCAAAAGCCGCUCUCAAUGUUGCUCACGAGGCUCAAGGUCGCCGUCCCAAGUCUGUUCUGGCCCUGACGAUGGCCACGGUAUGCGCCUUGGCCGCGGUGAUGCUGGCGUACCUUUGUUGCGGGGUCCACGGUACCCCCCCGAUCUUGGGGCGAGGAGGCAUGUACAACCCUGCCGAGGGCCUGGCCAACUGGGCCAAAGUCAUCGAAAAAAUGCAGGAGCUCGAAGGAUGGGACCGCAUCUUGGCGGCGCCGGACUCCGGCGAGGAGCACCUGGACGUCCUCAUCGAUGUGCUCGUGGAGCACUACAAGAACGCGGAGCUGCGCAACAAGGCACAGGUCGCUACGGCUGUUCGCGGCCUACGCCGCAUAUUUGACAUUUGACGGGUGAGACUGUUUCGGAGAUGAAAAGCAAGCGAGGCCUACCUAGGCAGGGCAGACCGACCGGUGAAACGCUGUGAGCUCCUGUCACCCCUAUCACGCAAAAGGCACCCUAUAUGCCUUGCUUGAUGGAACAUGAAACCGUGGGACGGUCACCAUGCCUAGGUUUAUCCAGACGCUUAGGGCAGCCUCGUGUUGUUCGUGGGUUGGAUGUGUAGGGUCUGCUACUCACUUUAGGCUGUUGUCGUUGUAGGUGACGUGUUGGCUUGUUUGAAUUGUGUGAUUCUCGAGAAUAGAGCUUAAUGUUGACAUUGUACGUGGGGAGAAACCUUUUGGAAUGAUAGAAAAUGAAACCUUGGGGCUGCCGAUUGGCUCUUAGUAGGGAAGUUACUCGCCUUGUCG